AUGGGUGCUAGUUUUCUUCAGAUAUACAAUAUUUUGUGCAAAAAUGCACCCAUAUUCACCCAUAUGAAGGCAGCGACAUGGCUUAACUACACAAAUAUUCACCAUUUUGCACCCAUUGAACAAGCAGUUGGCUAUCCAGAAAUGUUCGAUAAUUUAGGUGACCUAUUGUGUACAAUUACAGGUUUUCGUUCCUUCUCCUUGAAGCCUAAUGCUGGUGCUGCUGGAGAAUAUGCUAGAUUGAUGGUUAUUCAUGCAUAUCAUAUGUCAAGGGGUGACAAUCACCAUGAUGUAUGCAUCAUUCCUGUAUCAGCACAUGGAACAAAUCCUGCGAGUGCUGUAAUGUGUCGGAUGAAAAUGGUUGCUAUUGGGACAGAUGAAAAAGGAAUCAUUAAUAUUGAAGAGUUGAGAAAGGUCACAUAUCCACCAAAAAAUGGAGUGUAUGAUGAAAGAAUUGAUGAGAUAUGUAAGAUAAUCCAUGAUAAUGGUGGUCAGGGUGGUUUGAAAAACCUUGACAUUAUUGGUGCUGAUAUUUGUCAUCUAAAUAUCCAUAAAACAUUUUGA